GAACAAUCGUCGGGUCGAGUUUGUGAAUUUCGUCUUUCAAAUCGAAUUGUGUUAAAUAACAUUUUUUUUUAUUUUUUUUUAAUAUUUUUAAAAAUCUUUUAUCGAUUUGAAUGGUGAAAAGUCGUCGUUGGAUGAAUUAUGGCACACAAAGUGCAAAAUCGAAAUCGAAAGAAAAAGAAAUCCAAAUAUUUUCUUUUUUGAAAAAUUUAAAAUAAAUCACAAUAAUUACUAAGGAAUUUUUGAGCAAAAAAAUAAGUAGCGAAGAAAAUUAAAAAAAAAAUGUCGCAGAAAACAAAAACAAGUGUACUAAGUGAAGAAAACGGUCCGCAAAGCGAAUAUUUUCUAGCUUAAAAGAUCAUCGAGAUAUCAUUUCGUUCAGCAAAACGACAAAAUCUUAAAAGAAAAACAAAAACAAGGAAAAAGAAAAUUCAAAAGAAAAUCACUGCCUCGCGGCCGUGUGCGUGCAUAUGCCAGUGUGCGGCGGCAAUUGCCUUGUCUCCUUGUACGCGAGAGUCUAUGAUGGCGUAUGUUCGUAUCGGUCUCUAAAUGAGUGUGUCAACCUGCUCUGCACUUGUCACUUUCUGUUAAAAAAAAGCCACGAGCAUAAGCGACGUCACUGUUAUGGUGUAGCCGCCACCGCCAUUGCCGCGUAUAAACGGAUUCGCAUUCUCCUUAUGUAUACUUUGUCAAACGCCACCGCGUGCAUGGGUGACUGGCUGGCAUUUUCGUUACUAUGGUCCGUUUUCGUGUGAAGUUAGGUUUGCUGCUUGGUUGAUUGCUUGCUCCGUAGUUCUUUCUUUUUAUUGCUGAGAAACAAGAAAAACAUAAAAUAUAAAUGAAAAUGCAAAAUAAUGAAAAAUAAAAUAUCCCAAAAAAUACUAACAAAAUGUGUUUUAAAACAAAAACUUGUGAUAUACUGUGUUACACGAAUUAUUUAGUCAUCACCAAUGAAACAACGAUGAAACGUUUUCUAAUAUCAUUGAACCCAACAACGACAAAUUAAAAAAAGCACACAAACACACACACAAAGAAAACUACUUAGAGAAAAAUUGAAAUAUGUAUGUAAAAGUAAAAAAGCAAGAAGAAAAUUAUCGCAAUAACAACCAAAAAAACAUCCUCAUCAUCAAAAACCAGAAGAAGAAGAAGAACAGCAACAACAUAAACAACAGAUUAUUGAUUCUGUACCGCACUUGAGAUACGUUAUCGCUUUGUCUCGCUGAGACAUGGCGAACUUGACAGACCUUGACCAAGCGGUCGCUGGGAUGUCGGGGUGUGAUCAAAGCACUGUCGAAUCAUUGGCUGAAGAUCCAACAGGUUCACCAUUUGAGGUCGAUGAUUGUCUCAAAGUUCGAAAAUACUAUUGUUUCCUGCUAUCCAGCAUUUUCACAUUUCUUGCCGGAUUUCUCAUCGUCCUACUAUGGCGGGCAUUUGCAUUUAUAUGCUGUCGCAAGGAGCCGGAGCUGGGACCGAACGAUCCCAAGCAAAAGGAGCAGAAAGCAUCCAGAAACAAACAAGAGUUCGAGGGAACUUUUAUGACAGAAGCAAAAGACUGGGCUGGAGAGCUUAUAUCGGGUCAAACAACAACCGGUCGUAUAUUGGUCGUACUUGUAUUUAUACUUAGUAUUGCGUCUCUCAUUAUAUACUUUGUUGAUGCAUCUAACGAAGAAGUCGAAAGAUGUCAGCCAUGGAGUACUAACAUUACUCAACAAAUCGAUCUUGCAUUCAAUAUAUUUUUCAUGGUUUACUUUUUUAUACGAUUCAUAGCGGCGUCCGAUAAACUUUGGUUUAUGUUAGAAAUGUACAGUUUUGUAGAUUAUUUUACAAUACCCCCGUCCUUUGUAUCAAUAUAUUUAGAUCGAACAUGGAUCGGUCUUCGAUUUCUUCGAGCAUUGCGUCUUAUGACUGUACCGGAUAUAUUGCAAUAUUUAAAUGUUUUAAAAACAUCAAGUUCAAUACGCUUGGCCCAAUUGGUAUCCAUAUUUAUAUCCGUAUGGUUAACAGCAGCUGGUAUAAUACAUCUGCUGGAAAACUCUGGCGAUCCGCUGGAUUUUGAUAAUGCACACCGUUUAUCCUAUUGGACCUGUGUCUAUUUUCUAAUUGUUACCAUGUCAACAGUAGGGUAUGGUGAUGUAUACUGUGAGACUGUUUUGGGAAGAACAUUCCUUGUGUUCUUCCUGCUCGUGGGUUUGGCAAUGUUUGCCAGCAGUAUACCGGAAAUUAUUGAACUUGUUGGUAGUGGCAAUAAAUAUGGCGGCGAACUUAAAAGAGAACACGGAAAGAGACACAUAGUGGUAUGUGGUCACAUAACAUACGAAUCGGUGUCACAUUUUCUAAAGGAUUUUCUGCAUGAAGAUCGAGAAGAUGUCGAUGUGGAAGUAGUAUUUUUACAUCGAAAACCACCCGAUUUGGAACUAGAAGGUUUAUUUAAACGCCAUUUUACUACAGUGGAAUUUUUCCAAGGCACUAUUAUGAAUCCCAUCGAUCUACAAAGGGUUAAGGUCCAUGAAGCUGAUGCCUGUUUAGUGCUGGCAAAUAAAUAUUGUCAGGAUCCAGAUGCUGAAGAUGCUGCCAAUAUAAUGCGCGUCAUUUCUAUCAAAAAUUAUAGUGAUGAUAUAAGAGUUAUUAUACAAUUAAUGCAAUAUCACAAUAAGGCCUAUUUACUAAAUAUUCCUUCGUGGGAUUGGAAGCAAGGUGACGAUGUCAUCUGUCUGGCUGAACUGAAGCUGGGUUUUAUCGCACAAAGUUGUUUGGCGCCUGGAUUUUCCACAAUGAUGGCCAAUCUGUUUGCCAUGCGUUCGUUCAAAACGUCUCCAGAUACUCAGGCCUGGCAAAAUGAUUAUCUUCAAGGUACAGGGUGUGAGAUGUACACCGAAACCCUAUCACCUUCAUUUACCGGCAUGACAUUCCCACAAGCCAGCGAACUUUGUUUCUCCAAGCUGAAACUACUGCUACUGGCCAUUGAAAUCAAGGGCAAUGAAGAUGGUGCUGAUAGCAAAAUCUCCAUUAAUCCAAGAGGUGCAAAGAUUCAAGCCAAUACUCAAGGAUUUUUCAUAGCACAAAGUGCUGAUGAAGUCAAAAGAGCUUGGUUCUAUUGCAAGGCUUGUCAUGAAGAUAUCAAAGAUGAAACUCUUAUCAAGAAAUGCAAAUGUAAAAACUUGGCAGUACAGCCCAGGAACAAGUUUGAUGAUUUAGAUGUGGGCAUGAUAAUGAUGCAGACUGGAAUGGUGAAUCAAGGCAUAUCCUCAGUCAUUAACCAAAUGGAGGAUGAUCACCAUCCUGCACCCACAUUCACACCACCAGAACUACCAAAGAGGGUGCAUGUGCGUCGAUCAAUAUCGGGUGAUAUUACAAGAGAUCGUGAAGACAUGAAUCUUUUAAAUCGUCACAAUCGACGACCGAAUGGUUCAACGAGUAUGGGUCCCGGCAACGGUACAACGGCUCUGCAUUCAUCGGCGGCGGUGAAGCAGGUGAACAAAGUAAAACCAACUGUAAAUAGACAACUGGAGGGUGGCCAAGUUAUGUCACCAUCACAAUAUAAUCGGCCUCCCGAAAAUGAAGCUAAUCCUUAUGCGGGCUAUCAACUUGCUUACGAAGUUAAAAAGCUCAUGCCCACAAGCCGUAGUACUGGAACAGGAUCGCAAAAUGCUAACGGCGGCAGCGUCUCUUUACCGGCCGGCAUUGCGGAUGAUCAAUCAAAAGACUUUGAUUUUGAGAAAACGGAGAUGAAAUAUGAUUCGACGGGUAUGUUCCAUUGGAGUCCCGCCAAGAGUCUAGAAGACUGUAUACUGGAUCGUAAUCAAGCGGCCAUGACUGUGCUAAAUGGUCAUGUGGUUGUCUGCCUUUUCGCCGAUCCGGACUCACCUCUGAUUGGUUUACGUAAUUUAGUCAUGCCUCUGCGUGCUUCAAAUUUUCAUUAUCAUGAAUUGAAACAUGUGGUCAUUGUGGGAUCAGUUGAUUACAUAAGGCGGGAAUGGAAGAUGUUACAAAAUCUGCCGAAAAUCUCGGUGCUAAAUGGUUCUCCGUUAAGUAGAGCCGAUUUAAGGGCCGUCAAUGUUAACUUGUGCGACAUGUGUUGCAUUCUAUCGGCUAAAGUUCCUAGCAAUGAUGAUCCUACAUUGGCCGACAAAGAGGCUAUUUUGGCGUCAUUAAAUAUUAAAGCCAUGACUUUCGACGAUACCAUUGGAGUGUUGAGUCAACGUGGUCCGGAAUUCGAUAAUCUGACAGCGGCGGCGGGCAGCCCCAUAGUGCUGCAGCGUCGCGGUUCCGUCUAUGGGGCCAAUGUGCCCAUGAUAACAGAACUUGUCAACGAUAGUAAUGUGCAGUUUCUCGAUCAAGACGACGAUGAUGAUCCCGACACCGAACUAUAUCUCACACAGCCAUUUGCUUGCGGCACAGCGUUUGCCGUCAGUGUCUUAGAUUCGUUAAUGUCUACGACAUACUUUAAUCAAAAUGCCUUGACAUUGAUAAGAUCGUUAAUUACGGGAGGUGCCACACCGGAACUAGAAUUGAUAUUGGCCGAAGGUGCUGGUCUAAGAGGAGGUUACAGUACACCAGAAAGCUUAAGCAAUCGAGACAGAUGCCGAGUGGGUCAAAUAUCACUUUACGAUGGUCCCUUAGCUCAAUUUGGAGAAUGUGGCAAGUAUGGUGAUCUAUUUGUAGCAGCCUUGAAAUCCUAUGGCAUGUUAUGCAUAGGCCUAUACAGAUUUCGAGAUACCAGCUCCAGCUGUGAUGCCAGUAGCAAACGAUAUGUCAUUACAAACCCACCCGAUGAUUUUUCACUACUGCCAACAGAUCAGGUAUUCGUUUUAAUGCAGUUCGAUCCAGGCCUGGAGUAUAAGCCACCAGCGGUACGAGCGCCUACCGGCGGCCGCAAUGCCAAUACACAAGGCUCCGGGGUCGGCGGUGGCGGUUCCAAUAAGGAUGAUAACUCUUGAUUGUUACUGUGUAGCGCCUUAACUGAUGGUCCUUACUCGUACAUUUGAACGAUGGAGAUUUCCCAAAUGCACAGACUGACACAAUUUUGGCGCCACACCCUUUAUCAAAUAUUCCAAAAAAUUAGGCUUAUACUGCGCUAUAUAAAGCAGAACUAAAUUUUGUCCCCCGAUAUUUGUAUAUCACCGUAACAAACGAAAAGAAAAGUAGUUUUUUCCAAAAAAAAAAAAACAAACACCAACUAACCCCAACCCCAACUGAACCUAGUUAACUGCUGGGGUCAAAAAUGUGUCUGAUUGUGCAUUUUAUAUUCAUUUAAACAUGGUAUGUGAAUCUCAAUCCUAGAAAAUAAAAAAAUCUAAACUAACACCUAGGGAUUCACCAGUGAAGAUAAUACAAGUAUUGACUUUCUUCGAUGUCCUCUCAGACAUCUGAGCAAGACAGUACUUGGAUGCCGAAGAGUUAACAGCCAUACCAUGUUCAAAUGAAUAUAACAAAACUAAAGAAAAUCUCUUUUACAACCAACGUUCAAUUGUUAAAAUUAUUGCUUCCCACACCAUUCCGUUAGCCCUAUUUAGAACCUUGACAAACUAACAUGACAUUUUUGUAUACUAUACUACACACUUAGUACUAGUACUUUCAAUCAAUCGAUCAAUCACCAACCAACCACCAACACCGCCACCAACCAACCCUACCGAAUUCUCUGACUCUUUAUCUCUCUCCUCAUAACUUCAGUUAAAGCUUUGAAGUUUUACUUAAGUUGUAAUAUUAGUUGGUAACCUAAAAUAAUUUUCUUGAUUUUCUUUCUUCCCUAUUAUUAUUUCAUUUAAAUGCUCUUAUUGUAGUGGUUUUUAUUUUAGCUAAUGCUCUAAGCAUUUUUAAUUUCCUAGCCAAAGUAUGAUCUGUAAUUGUAUCAAUAUACUUUUUAAGUUUUAGUUUAGGAGGAUCCAGGAUCCAACCACCCAUUGUUAAUUGUGUUUUCUUUUUCGAUUUUAAGUAUGUGAGCAACGUUCGAAAUUUUAAUCCCACCCACACAUACAGACAUUUAAAUGUGGCUGUGUGUGUGUGUUUACUUUGAUUUUUGUUAAUAUCUUAAUUUAAGUAAAUUUAUUUUCAUUUUGUGAAUAAAAUUUUCUUUUUUUUCUUCUAAUUUAAAUU